AUGCCGUCGCCGCGAUACGACGACCGUGCGCACGACUAUGGGCCCGCGGAUUCCAACCCGAUGGCGUCGACGUGGAUAACGAUAACACCAUUCGAGAUUUCACCGAGCUCGUCCACUUCGAGCUCAUCGCAGACGCCGGCGAUAGUCCCUACACCAGCUGCGAUAACAUCGACACACCCCACUGGCGCCGAUGAUCAGCCCCCGAGUCAGGGUCAGGCGCAUGCCGCGCGAGCCGCUCAACAAGCUGAAGGCUCGGCCGGGGAUGGCGACCACCCCGACGGAAACGGCGGAAACGGCACGUCGACCGAGAAGCGAUCAAAGUCGUGUGCGCCAUGUCGGCUGCGUCGAGUCAGGUGCGAGAGACCACCCGGGGAGAGCGACUGUAUCGCGUGUACGACCCGCAACUUGCCGUAAGUUGGCUUCGGAGCUGCACAACCGCUACAGCAGUGGCCCAGGGCUGAGGGGGGGCGUUGGCAGCUGUGGCGCUCGACCGGCGUUCCCUGCGCUGUGUCAGCUUGCUAACAGCCUCUGCCGCUGCACGUGUUGCUGCGCCCUGCACUCGAGUGGUGCUGAUCGCCAAGAGAGGUUGCAUCCCUACCUCCCCGUAAUACACUUACAGCUGUACACCUAUGCCGACCAAGCCACGGGCCAAGGUCAUAUCACGAGAGGGGAAGCGUAUACAGCAAGCCAGGUCAGUGCCCAGGACGUCCAUGGGCCUGGCUGUCCCGUCGACGGCACGUGACCCACGAAACGCCCACUGACGCGGACCUUGGCUCCCUGGACCGUUGUCAGAGCUAUCUUCGGUGAAGUAGGAGCAAAUUCAGCGUCGUCCACUGCUUCGACCUUGCAGGCGUCGCCUUCUCUCUCGCCUUAUUCGGCCAGUGUGUCGUCGGCCUCGACUCCACCUACCACCGAAUCCGAGUCCGAGUCCUCCCGCUUGACCGCGCUCAUCGCAACGCUCACCGAACGAACGGCCCAAGGAAGCCCCAAUAUCUCCCAUUCAGAUUCAGAGUCCAGGCUGGCCCUGACCGAGGUUCAAGGCGCUUUGACCGCAAGCUUGCUGGAUGGUCAGUCAUCAUCCCGGAGAAUCAUUGCCUGGAGCUUCAGCGCUGACAACGCUACAUUGACUGAUCGAUCACGCAGCUUAUUGCAAAGUGAGCAAUUGGAUAAUCGAAUCAAAAGAAUUAUGUCUACUAACGUCAUGGUCUGUCAUUGAUAGGAAGCUCCCACAAUCGCAUUGCUUGAAGAGGUCAACCUCAAGACAGCCUUUGAUAUCGCCGGUAGAAGAAUCGUCAGUGACGCUUCCCCGACCUGAUCGAAGAAGUCUACUCAUACUUACCAGCGGAUUAUCGCAUACCAGAGCCACCUCGAUGAUGCCUAUCAAGUUUAUUGCAAAGUUGUUCUUGCGCUCGGGGCUCGAACGUCGGAUCAUCCUCUGCUGAUCGGCACUUCGGCUCCCCUGAUAUCCGAACUGGCGGCACUCGCGAAACAUGGCAAAGACUUGCGAGAGUACGGCGCACGGCGCGAAAACGCCUGCCGCGUGCUCUUACAAGACGCUCUCGAUAUGGCAGAUCGGAAAGGCACACUGAGAAAUGCGACGCCCGAAGCUGUCACAACCUUACUCUUGAUCGAAAGUUUGGUCGAAUAUUCAGGGGAUAUCUGGUCAGUGAAUCGGGCCGCUGCAUCUUCAUCGUAUUUUGACCUCUGCUUCGAGCCAGUAAAGCUAAUACCCUGCUGUUCGACCUAGGCUUUUUGACCGCCCAUACUCCAACGCUUACAAUGGCCAUACGAAAGCAUUGAUGGAGGCCGAGAAUGCGGUUCGUGAAGCGGGCGGGGAUCCGAAGCCGAAUAAUGUGGUCGGCGACGUCGCCCGGUGGACGGCCUUCACUAGGGAUGCCAUGGCGAGCGCUUACACAGGCCAAGCUCCGAGGUUUUCUGAAGACGAUCUCUUCAUCAUGGUCAGUUUGCUGAGGUGCGGGAUAAUAUUCACUGCUUCCGCUGCUUAUCGAUGCACCUCCCAUUGGACCACAGCUCGCCGACAAUCAAUUCGACACGCCACUCGUGGAAGUCAUUCGGAGAGGCGAGCUGCCAAACAAGAUUGAGAGCUUUUGGCACUUAUUUGGAUGCUACAUGUUCCAUCUAUGCGCGCUUGCGCGCAAGACGCCGGAAAAAUUGACCGGACCUCGGUGCGUGUGGCCGCUUGGCGUAGAAGCGCUAAGCACCGACCUAAUUUGACGUAACUGUCGAUAUCCAGGGCGCGACGGAAACCACUGGAUCUUGUCUUUGCUGCAGAGUUCAUCCACCAAGUCGAGAUUGCUGAGAUGGCGUUGCCGCACUUGUUGCGUCGAGCGGAGAUGCUCGAGGAGGCUUUCGACCAGAUUGGCAUCGGCAAAAAGAAUGAGCUCAUGGCAAUUCAUACACUCGUGAGGAACUUCCGGGUCAGCAUGUGGUACAUGUGAGUUGGGAAGUUUUGUUUAUUGCCGCGAGCUCAGGAAUCGGUGUAACUGACGACGUGGAACCUCUAUAACCGGUUCAUGCUCUCAGGUACCUCCUCCUAGCCAAAAUCGUUCGGCAACGCGUCGGUGCUCGGCCUUCACCGGGUCAUCGAGCGACGAUCAGGGAGGUCGGACCAUGGCCCGUCGGUUCGUCACCCAGAGAUGACGAGGACGCAAACUACUGGUCCCAGAUGAUCUUGCUGCGUAACCAACUGGAGGAAAAGUCAUUUUACUCUGUUCGUGCCAUCAUUGGCGUGGUGGAGGAAACGAUCCAGCUCGAUCUACCUCUUGGGAUGUUUGAAUGGCUCGACGUGCGAGGAAUCCAAAUUUUGUUCUUGAGGCUUCCUCUGUGGACCAAGUUUUUGAUCGACGUCCCUACGAUCGAACAAGAAGGGCCCUUCCCCGACUGGACGUUUGCGGUCAAACUCGACACGCUCGGAACGGUGCUCAAUGCACUUCACUCGGUCGGCUGGCAAUCAGAGCGCUUGGCCCGACCCGCGGAUUGGAUCAGCGACGAGAUCCGGGGCCUCAAAAUGCAGCAGUAUGAAUACUGGCAGCGACGGGCCUGUCCGCCUGCACACAUACCGACUCAUUCGGGAAUCGUGCCACCACUGGACACAGUUGGCUCAUACGACUUCGGCGUAGGCCCGAACCUCGCUUUCCUUUCCAACACAUCGACGGCCACCCCUGCCCCUGUAUUGCCCAACAUCGCCCCCGGAUGGGACCUUCCGGGUCACUUACCCACCACUACACCCAACAACAGCUCGCAACUGGAUGAUCUUGGGCCCGCUCCUCAACCCAGAGUGUGGACCGACGUCGAGAUCCAGAAAUUCCUCGAUGAUGCCUCGACAAUGGGUUUGGGCUCGAUGCAAGGGUCCAAUCGUGAGUACUGAGUCACUGAUGCUGCCAGUAUCUUUUACUGAGCGCUGCGCUAACGUAGGCCUUGUUCUCUGGUAGCCUUGAACCCGGACUUCUCGUCGGUCUUCACCCAGUGGAGGUGA